AUGUACAUCUGUUUAGCAGCAUUAAAGAAAGGUUUUAACAAAGGUUGUAGGCCUCUCAUUGGCCUUGAUGGCUGUCAUUUGAAAGGGGCAUAUCCUGGUCAAGUACUUGUGGAUGUUGGCAAGGAUGGGAAUAAUCAUAUUUUCCCCUUUGCAUGGGCAACAAUGGAGGUGGAGAAUAAGGACACUUGGUGCUGGUUCAUUCAGUGUUUGCAAAAGGAUGUUCGUGAUUGCAAUGAAGGAUUAAGACUGACCUUUAUGAGUGACAAACAAAAGGGUCUGCUAGAAGCCUUUGAUGAAUUAGUCCCAAAUGCUGAGAAGAGAUUCUGUGUCAGACAUAUUUGGGCUAAUUUUAAUCUCCAAUUCAUUGGAUCUACUUUCAAGGAGUUAUUUUGGAAUGCAGUAAGGGCAACCACUUUGGUUGCAAUGGAGUCUAUUAAGUUCUUAUCAGAAGAAGCAUAUGAGUACUUAGCAAAUAUCUCACCAUCACACUGGUCAAGACAUGCCUUUCUGAUUGAUGCAAGAGACAAGCCCAUUCUCACUCAGAUGGAGUGGUUGAGAUGUUACAUGAUGAAGAGGAACUGUGAAAAGUGGGAGGCAGUUCGAAAUAUGGAAGGAAAGAACAUGCCUUAUGUGAGUAAGGUUUUUGGAAGGAUUGAAAAGGCUGCUAGAUAUUGCAUUAUGCAGUUGUCUAGAGUGGAUAACUAUAAAAUAGAAUUGAAUGGGGAUAAGGUGGUUGUUGACUUAAAGAUGAAGGCAUGCUCCUGUUAUCACUGGCAGUUGACUGGAAUACCUUGUGUACAUACUUAUGCCUGUAUACUUGACAAAAGGGUGGAUCCAGAUGACUAUGUGGAUGCUUAA